AUGGUUUUUCUCUCUUUUCACACAACACACAAAGACAGACACAAACAGAAAGAAGUGGGAGAAGAAGAGGGAGACGACGACGACGUGGAGCGAUUGCGGAGGAUUCUCACGUGCGUGCCGUGUGAAGACGACGUCGUGACGAAGCAAAAUCAUCAGAUGCGAGAAGAGGAAACGGCAUGUAUUGCUAAAGGAGUGAGUUUGAGGAAGAGAGGGCACGAGUGCGAUGUUUGCGAGAAGGUGUUUGUUAGUCCAUCCAAGUUGGCCAUACAUAUGCGCAUGCACACGAAGGAGAAACCGUACGAAUGUGAUGUUUGCGAUAAAGCUUUUCGUGAAUCUGAAAAUUUGAAAGUCCACGUGCGUAUGCACACGAACGAGAAACCGUACGAGUGCGAUGUGUGCGAGAAGCGUUUUAGUCAAUCUAGUAAUUUGCAAAACCACGCGCGCAACGUUCAUUAG